CUCACACAAAGAUGGCGGAGGUAGACUUCGGGGACCGUGAACUGUUCCAGCAAUUUGAGGAAGAUGGACAGUCACAUCGUCGUAUGCAGCGCGCAAGUGUCAGAGAAGCUCCUGAGGAACUUCAGGAGCUACGGGAGCGACUGGAAGAGUGCGAAGAGACUAUUUGCCAGCUAAAAGCGGAGAAUGAAGAGCUGAGAAGAAAACUUAACGUAUUGACAAGACCAAGUGGUAUAAACAUUGAGAAUUCUAGAUUAGAUGGACCCCUUCUUCAGAUACUUUUUGCAAACAAUGACAUCUCAAAACAAUUUCAUGAGGAAAUUGAAGACUGUAUUUUUGGUUUAAUUAAGAAGCAUGAGCAGCAAGAGAAAAAUGAAAAAGAGCGAUCUUCCUUCCAUGUUAAACCUCAGACUUCCAGUUUUGUUCUGGAAGAAAAUCAUAGUGGGAAUACAUCAAGUACUAUCAGGAAGAUUAAAGAUGCUUUCACUGUAGUUGGUAGCGUGCUGUACUUCACAAGCUUCUGUUUGGAUAAACUUGGACAACCACUGUUGAACGAGAACCCUCAACUCACAGAAGGAUGGGAGAUCCCUAAAUACCAACAGGUGUUUGGACAGGUGAUGUCCUUAGAGGGACAAGAGCUGCAGAUGAAGGAGAAAAGGCCAAGGCCUUGUUGCUUUAAUUGUGGUUCAGAGGACCAUCAGUUGAAAGAUUGUCCAAAGCCAAGGGAUAUGGCACGUAUUAGCGAGAAGAGGAAGGAGUUCUCCCAGGGUAACAGCCAAAGUAAUCAGAGGUACCAUGCUGAGGAGGUUGAAGAACGAUUUGGGAAGUACAAACCUGGAAUAGUAAGUGCGGAGUUGUUGGAUGCACUGGGUGUGGCGGAGAGCAGUCUGCCUCCAUUUAUCUAUCGCAUGCGCCAACUAGGGUACCCACCAGGCUGGUUGAAGGAGGCAGAGAUGGAGAACUCUGGCUUGACCCUGUAUGAUGGAAAGGUGUCAAAUGACGAAGAAAUCACUGGAGAUGAGCAUUACCAGAGCCACAGAAUCUCUUAUGACGUGUCCAAGAUAGUUGAUUUCCCUGGAUUCAAUGUUUCAGCACCAGCUAAUGUAAACGAUGAGUGGAGGACAUAUGGAUCUGUUCCAAUGCAGCAUAAUCACAUGAAGCAAAAUUUUACAGACUACCUUUCUAAUACUUUCCCUGUGCCCGGCGCUACCAGUAAAAAGAGAUGUCACGAGUUUGAUUCAACCCCUCGACGCACAAAAAAGAGGAGGUCGGAUGAUACUGUAAGGUGUUCUGACAUGGACCUUGACUCAGGCUCAGAAACUCCUCACAGUUCCAGAAGCUCUGACAACUUCCAGUUCCAGCUGCCACUACCCCCUGGUUCACCAGCCCUGGGCACCCCACCCCCGCUGCCUCAGGGCACACCUCCAGCUACACCCACGCCUCCCCCACUGCCCCAAGAGACCCCUUCAGUCACACCGAACAACUCUCCAGCUGUGCGGGAGCGGAAUGGGGCAGAGGAGCCAGACGAGGAGGAUGGGCUGACUCUGGAGGAGCUGGAGGAGCAGCAGAGGCUGAUAUGGGCGGCACUGGCAAGUGCAGAUACAGCCACCAACAGCGAUUCAGAGACUCCUGCUGCCGGUACACCAUUGGUGAGCUCCUCUGGUGCCUCCACACCUGCACAGGUUGACAUAGAGAUGGAAGCUGAGGAAGCAGACAAUGAGGUGGAGGAGGGUAAGAUGUCAGGGACAGAGGAGAAGUUUGAUUUUAGCAGUGAUAAAGGUGUUAUCAGUAUAGUUCAGUCUGAGGAAGGACCUGAAGCUGGUGAUUUGGAGGACAAGGAACAAAGAGAGGCAGAAUGUUAUGAGAAGGGGUUGGAGAAGAAUGCCGGUGAACUCCAAAACACCCAGGUGAGCAAUGAGGUUGUAUCGCCACCAGAUGCACCCACUGCAGGAGAUGAUGAAAUCACAUCGGGACCUGAUGCAAAGGAUUCUAGCAGUAGUAGUGAUUUAACUGAACAAGUAAAGAAAGUGACUGCUGUUCCCCAUCGGAGUAAAUUUGCAGAGGGCAUCAUACCCUUUGAAGACACUCCAGAAUACAAGGAUGUUGCUGAGGCAACUGGGGUCUAUCUCAGGAUCCGUGACUUACUAAAGAGUUCGCCUCGCAACCAAAUUAAGAGCAAGAAGUGAAUCGGAGCCUGCAGUAGGAUUUCCCUUGCAAAAUAAUUUUUUGUUGGGACAAAACACUUUCAGUAAGUCUCCCACAGCAACAUGAGUUUGAAAUGUGUAAGAACAACACUGUAUAUCUCUGAAAAUCUUUUAACUAUUUUAUUUUUUUGUUCAGAAACUAAAGCUGGUUUUUGUGAUAGUGGGUUGUUUCAUCUGUUUUUCUAGGUAUUGUUUAAUGUCAUGUUUUUCUACAUCUUCAGAUUUUACAAAUUUUUUUCCUUGUCAGAUUUUGCAAAUGCAUACAGCUCUGUGUACAUCUAUGUACAUCUCUUGCUAUAUAAAACAGCCUCACACUUCUACAGUACCAGAAAAUGGCAUCAAACCUCUGUUAGCAUCUGUUUCACUUUUACUAUGCAGCAUAUAACAGUAAAAUGGAUUUUAAUUUCUUUCAGUGGGAUGUGUAGUGGUGUACUUGUUGUUACAUGAUGGCUGCAUACUGCAAGAUGUAACUACACACAAAGGUGGUCCUAGUAAUGGUUUUACUGCAUUUUUAUUUUAAAAUUAAUUCAGUUAAAGUUGUAAUUACCUAAUCAGGGGCAACAAUACAGUUUGGUACUGAACUGGAGUACAUUCAGAUUUUUAUUUUUAUUGACUUGACAUGCUUUGCUAAAGAGUAGACGUGUCUUGUAAAUAGGUCUGCAGGUUUUUUUGGCAAUGUACAUUUUUUUUCUUAGGUUUGAAUAUAAGUGUAAAGUCUUACAUUUUAGUUUUAGUUUUUCAUUUUUCUACUUCCCCAUAUAUCAUAUUUGGCUUUCACUGCUUUCAUUUUUAUCAGGUCUUGAUUUCAUUUAUUGUGUGAAUUGUAAAGGGAGUUAUUGUCAGUAUAUUGUGGUGUAAACCCAGGUCCAAAAAUGCUGGUAGCCUUUGUAAAAUGGGAUGGAAAAUUAGUAUAACAGCAAUAUUUUAUGCCUAUACAUUUUUUUUUUAAAAUUCCAUUCACCUUGUUUUGUGUCACUUAAACAACUUUUUCUCAGAAAUGUACAAAUAUUUGGUAGGGUUAGGGUCUUCGGGUGGCACGGUGAUGCAGCGAGCAGCGCUGCCACCUCCUCGCAGCACCUGGGUGGUGUGAGGGAACAUGGGUUUGACCCUGCUUAGUCUUAUGUGGAGUGUGCAUGUUCUCCCCAUGUCUGCAUAGGUUUCCUCCAGCUGCCCAGGCUUCCUACCACAAUGCAAAGACAUGCAGUUCAGGUGGACUGGUAACACUAAAUUACCUGUAGUGUGUGUCUGGAUGAGUGCAUGUCUGUGUGCAUGUGUGGUUACCUUGUGAUGGACUGCUAUCCAAUCAAGAGUGUACUUUCUUCACCUCUUACCGAAUGUUUUCAGGAUAGGUUCCAGUUUGCUGCAACCCUGCUCAGGAUAAGUGGUAAUUAAAAUUGGGUGGAUGGAGUAAUUCUUCUAAUGAAAAUAAACCCAGUUAAAUAUACAAAAAAUGAGUAUCUCAAUUUUAAGACUUUAUUGUGGUCUUCAUCACAUCCUAUUUUCCUAGGGUUUUCAUAAGAGGUAAUAUAUUUGAAUACCAGUACAUUUUGGUCAAAAGUCCCUGUUGCCUCUGCCAGGAGCUUGCAACUUAGCCUCAGGCACACCUUCCAAAGUCAAAAUGAGUCAAAAUGCAGCUUAUAAAAAAGAGGAUCUUUCUCACCGAAAUCAGAAUCGGUGAUUAGCAACAGGCGUAUAAAUCUCAGGACUUCAACGUGAUUAAACUAUGUAGUUCAAAUUGAAGAGAGUAGUUGGGUAUGGAACAUCAAACACUGGGAAAGUAUCUGUGGUGUAGUGGUCCUACAUACUGUACCUAUCAGUGUGGUCUUUGAUCUUAUUUAAAUGAGUAAAUAUUGCUGUUCUUAGUUGUAUUAAUGAGGGUAACAGUUAUGCUUAUUUUUGGAAGUAAUCUGUACGUUGGGAACUUACUCCAUUAAAUCAUUUUGUACAACUUUUUUACUUCUGAUUUCACAGGUGCUAAUAAUUAUGGAAUUAACUAUACUGGUAGCUUGUUGAAGCGACAGCUGUAAAUCACUAUGAGGUAGUUAGAUGUAAUAAUCUUAUUUUCUCUCCAAAUCAAGUUAAAUGACCGUAUGAAUAUCUGGAAAAAAUAAAGCAGCUCAACUUCAAAUGAUUAAAUUUUCCUGAAGUGUCACAAUGCACACUCCUUUCUUGAUUUCAUCUUUUAUUAAUUAUAGAAAAAGUAGCAAAAAUAUUUA